AUGUCGGAACAAACUCGUUCUUGCCCAAAAGCAAAAUACGAGCCAAUUUCCCUCAUAAUGGGAUCGACUUUCUCAAUUCAAGACCCACAGGGCGUUUCAGCAACGGCUUCAAUAGUGCCGAUUUUCUAUGUCAGUAUCAUGAACACUAAGCUAAUGGGGCAUAAAAAAAGCCCACAACCGUACUUGUUUCUUUCAAAAGGAGGCUUAAUGCAGAUGUUGAGAGGUGUAAACUUUGCCUCUGGAGCAGCUGGUCUUCUAGAUCUCACAGGACAAGACCUGAAUAUUGUAUCGAUGUCUGAGCAAAUCAAGCAAUUUGAGACCAUCUACGGCAAUCUGACGUUGGUAAAGGGUCGACACGCGACCAAAACCUUGCUCGCAAGAUCCAUGUUUGCCGUUAGCGUGGGCAGCAACGACCUUUUUGGCUAUUUUGAAAGCCGAAGCACGGUUGAUCCUGUUAUUUUCAUCAAUUCUUUAAUGACGGCUUACGGGUGUCAUAUAAAUGCACUGUAUAACCUCGGUGCAAGGAAAUUUGGGAUCAUAGGUGUACCACCAAUCGGAUGUUGCCCAUCCCAACGGAUUCACAAUGGCACCGGUGGAUGUUUGGAAAUCGAAAAUACUUUUGCUCGAGCAUUUCAUUCAGCUCUUGAUGCCCUCAUGAAGCAACUUGCUUCUAAGUUGCCAGAAAUGAAGUAUGCACUCGGAAACUCAUACGAAAUGACGAUCAAUGUCAUCAACCAAGCGCAACUCUUCAAUUUUAAAUCCGUUGACACGGCUUGUUGUGGCGAAGGGUGGCUGAACGCAGAAAAGACUUGUACCCCGGAAGCGAACAUGUGCUCGAAUCGCGAUGAGUACCUCUUUUGGGACUUGUAUCAUCCAACACAGUAUGCUGCCGAGCUUGCAGCCAUGACAUUAUACAACGGUGGACCGCAAUUUGUGACCCCGAUUAACUUUGCUCAACUCGUAGCAUAUUGA